AUGCAUUUCUCUAUUUGUGUUGUAUAUGGACUCGCUUUUAUCGUCCAUUCUAUUAUAUCUGUUCCAGUUGUUUUAAAUCCAACUGGCGAUGAAAACAAAAUACCACAAAAAAUUACCACUUCAAUAAGUCAAAAAGAAAUUAUAUUUGAUAGUAAUUCUGAUGAUAUAGAUGAAAAAUCUGACGAUGAAUUACAAACGAAAACAACAACAACAACUACUACCACCGUUUCAAGUUCAAUAUCGAAUGUUCAAUCAUCAAUUUCAAAAUUGACUAAUAACUUACCAGCCAUAUUGCCAAUUGUUCAAAAAGAAGAAGAGAAAAAAAAACGACGGGACACACAUUAUUUAAAUGACAAUAUUCAUUCGGAGAAUGAAGUUGAUAAUGAUGAAUUAAACAAUUAUUAUUCGAAUCAAUUUCUUGCUCAUGGUUAUAAUCCAUCUUAUUUUGGAAUUAGUAAUGAUGAAUCUGAAGAAGAUAAUAAUGAAGAAGAAAAUAAUCAACAUAUUUUACAUGCAUUAAUAAAAGAAACAACUGGAACAAAACAUGAUAAAGUUAACAAACCAAUUGUUCAAGAUUCUGUUGUUGAAGAUUUUACGGAUACAAAAAUGAAUCCAAAUGAAUUAUCAAGUGUUAGACGUAAAAAGCGCAGUAGUAAUACGGCAUUAAGUAGUAAAUCGAAUGAACAACGCCAACGACGAAAACGUAGUUUAUCUAAUUAUGAUUUUUUUGAAGAUAAUGUGUACGAUUAUGAUCCAUUAGCUGACGUAAUUAAUACUCCUCAGCUCUCUAGAUUCAAUCAUAUUUAUCGACGAUACUGGUAUCCAUCAACUUAUGAAAGAAAUAUUCGUUCCACUCCACAUUAUAUUCAUCUACGUCGUGCACCAUAUUUGUUAGAUAAUAACGAUAUUAAUGGUGAUGAUGAUGAAGAAAACAAUAAUAAUGAUGAAUAUUACUCAAGACCAAACAUUGAUGAUUCAUAUUUAGUUUCUUUGGGUGAUAAUGAAGAAGAUCAAGAAGAAGAUUAUAAUCGUUGGAGUUUUCCAAAAACAUUGGUGAAUGCUUAUGAUUUUCCAUUACAAAAUGAUGAUGAAGUAAUAAGUGAUAAUGAUGAUGACAAUGAUGAUGACAACAUUGAAAAUGAUUCUAAUAUUGACUAUUAUCAACAACCACACAACUAUGUAUGA